AUGGAUCAGGCUCCAGGGGCCCCGGUUGUCCCAAGGGCCUCCCCGCCACUACGCACUCUCUUCACACACGCCUUACCCCCCAUUCUCGUACCCCCAACCAUCUUCCUCGGCCUGCUCUUCGCCCUGUGGACAUGGAAAUGCUUCUGGAUCGUCGCCAUGCAGGAGAAACUUCUGUACCUGACGUGGCUGCCGCCCUUUGCACGUUCCGAGAAAAUUGCCGACUACAAGGCCGAAUGCGGGCCCGUGCAGUGGCAGGAAAUGCGAAUACGGAGCCUCGAUGGCACCCCGUUGGCGUUAUGCGAAGGCCGGAUCACCGGUGACACGGCACCCAUGCCUCGCACGGGGAAGAAGUCGUCCGUGGUCAUUUGCUAUUUUCAAGGCAACGGCGGGUCGACCCCCAUGCGCUUGCCGCUGCUCUCGCAAACUCUCCGCGCGAUUGAUGCGUCCGCAACUCUUGCCUCUUCGUCGCACCCCCCCAGAGAGGUCUGCUACACCGUGGUCGCUUUAUCCUAUCGCGGAUACUGGUCAUCCUCGGGUCACCCCACACAGUCCGGCAUCGAGCGCGACGUUCAAGCUUUCUUGGACUGGGUCGUGGAAACCUAUGCAGCACCCGAAACCGAUCUCCGGAUAAUUCUCUGGGGUCACAGUCUCGGCUCUGCAAUUGCCAGCACCGGUCUCGCGUCGUAUCUUUCUCGCUCCGGAGAUGGGCCGAUUGCGGGGUUGGUCCUCGAGGCGCCGACGUCCAGUGUCAAGGAUAUGCUGAUCAAUCUGUAUCCCCAGAAAUGGUUGCCAUAUCGGUACCUGUGGCCAUUCUUGCGCAGCCACUGGGACAGUACGAUGGCCAUGGAACGGAUGGCUUAUUGGGGGCAUCGGAGCGAUGCGAAGCAUGGCCGAGAGAGGAGCAAUGGUGACGGUUUGGUGGUGCGCCCCACAUUCAUCCCCCCGAUUCUUAUCUUGUCGGCAGAGAAGGAUGAAGUGAUCCCACCGCAUGCAGCGAAUGACCUGGAGACCGCAGGGCGGAGUUUGGGGUUGGAUAUCACUAGGAAGCAGGUGCUCGGCGCGAUGCACACGGAGGCAUCAGUCAAAGCGGAGGGUAAAAGGGCGCUCGUGGAUUUUAUUCUUCGGAAAAGGGUUGUGAGAGUGUCUUCUGCCGCGACAAGGAAAAGCUCUACCCAUUGA